UCAGUGGUCGCUGCUGGUCAGUAGCCUACUGUAAGUCUAGAGCUAUUGGUAAGCGUGAGCCGGCGUUAGCGCCGUCCAUUCCAGAACGGAAGCCGCACGUUCCUGGCUCUUGCAGUCAUCGUGCGCACGAGAUUUAUCAGAGGUUCGGGAAGGAUGAAUGAAGGUGUCAUUGCAAUUUUGUGGGCGGUGAAAAAGCGGGAGAGAAUGUAAGGGAUAUGAUCUAACUUUUUUAUGGUCGGUGCCAGAGUCUGGAACCAUAUAUAUGGGAGGUGGUGGUGGUGGAAGAGAUAGGCUACAGACCAUCUGGGAGCUGAGCAGACAACACCGAUUGCUUUGGGACUCUAAUUUACCACAAAAGAGAACUAUCGCCCACUGACAGGCAGCCUUACAGCAAAACGAGUUAAAGUGUCAAACUCCAGAUCAUAGCAUGGGACUGCAGCGUGUUGAAGAGCUGGUCACCGGGAAGAGAGGUGAGGGAAAGUUGGCAGGAGGUGCCUGUGCAGAGACGUUCGCUGCAGGGGAAUAUGAGACCAGCAUCAUUCAGGAGAAACAAGAUGGUCUUCAGAGUCAGACACAACAAGACCUGAAUGAAACGUCCCAGAAAGUCAUCAAACAGAGUGAAGAGAAGCUCAAACUCAAUGUUGACCGGUCAGGACAGUUAAAACUAGAAACUGUAGAAGACCUCUUUAACAUUUUGGAGUUGAGGAAGAGGAGAAAGGAAAGGAAGAUUCAAGCGUUAAAGAAACAGCCAGAGCCUGAUAUCCUGCCUGAGACAGUGGACCAGGCUUUGUUCCUAAAGGCUGUCACAGAGAAUAAAAUACUUGUUGUUGAAAAAUAUUUAUCAGAUGGUGGAGACCCCAAUGUCUGUGAUCAUUUUAAACGCUCAGCUCUGCAUAAAGCCAGUGCACAAGGUCACACAGAGAUCAUGCAGAAGCUCCUGGAGAGUGGAGCAUCCAUGGAUCAAAAAGACAAGCUGGAUGCCUCAGCUGUGCACUGGGCCUGUAGAGGUGGAAGCCUGCAUGCUUUGGAGCUGCUUUUAAAUAAUGGAGCCAAAUUCAACACUAGAGACAAGCUAUGCAGCACUCCCCUCCAUGUUGCAGUUCGGACGGGACAUUAUAACUGUGCUGAGCAUCUCAUUCACUGUGGAGCGGACGUCAAUGCUAAAGACAGGGAUGGAGACACACCAAUGCACGACGCAGUGAGGAUAAAUAGAUUUAAUAUGAUAAAAUUGCUGAUGAUGUAUGGAGCCAGUCUAAAUGCCAAAAACAGUGAUGGAAAGACACCAAUGGAGACUCUGCUUUCAUGGCAAAAAGGUGUGAAAAAUAUCCUGAAUAACUUUAAUGAAGAGGAAGCACCAAAGCCAGAUGAACAACUUUUAUUUUGAAUGUUUUCUUUCUUUCUUUCUUUGUGAACAGUACUUUUCAAUUUACUUAAUGAUGAUGCUAAUUGCAGGCAAUAUAUGGAAGCUUACUGCCAACAGUGGCAAACAGGACAUGCCCAGCUAGUUUCUCAGAGACACAUGACUCCAUCAACCAGCGCGCAGACUGGACUUUUGGUCUCAUGAAUGAAACUCGGCGUAACGUUAUGCCUAACCUCACAGGCCUGAGAAAUACGCUAUGCAUAUUUGAAAGCAGAGGUAGACAGAGUCAAAGGACCAACCAGCCUAACCUUAUAGUACUGAUAUUCUGCAGCAGUCGGGGUGAUAGAGACUGUCGGAUGUUUGCUGGAUUAGGGAGACUUUGGAGUCAUGCAUCAGCUAUCCUUUAGAAGUUAUGAAGCAAAGAAAAACAUUCAUUUUGUUUUUAUCUGUGAUUUAAUAAAAAAUAACGUGAUCAGA